AGGCACCUCUCCUCCACCCACCUUCCAAGAGCAAUGGAUCUCAGAGUGAUCUGCACGCUCUCCGCCAUCCUCGUCGUAGCCCUCAGCUCCGUGGCAGAGGGAAAGACAUUACCAACGAGAUGCCAGUGUAAACUGGCCCCCAGGGAGCGGAGGAACUGCGGCUACCCGGGAAUCUCAGCAGCAGAGUGCAAGAAAGCUGGAUGCUGCUUCAACGCUUCAGUCCCCGGCGUUCCCUGGUGCUUUGCUCCUAAACCAAAGAGAGUUAGGAAAGUAUGUCCCAACGACUCUUACGCCAGGAUAAACUGCGGCUUCCCCGGCAUCACAGCUAGGGACUGCGAGAGGAGGGGGUGCUGCUUCAGGGCACAUCCCGCUGGUGUCCCCUGGUGCUUCUACCACCGCACUGUGGAGGAAGGUUGUUAAAAGAGGAACUUCCAUCAAGAACCUUGUGAUCUUUUGACCUACUCCCAGAAGAAACAACAGCCAGUGGUCCCAAUUCAGACUUUACAGUUUGCAACAGCUAUGAUUUGUAGAUCAUUUUUACCUUGGGAUUGACUCCUUCCUGAUGAAAAGUUACUUGCAGCUUUUUUUCCUUCAGUAGGCUAGUACUGUGCAGGUUUUCACCAUAAUAAAAGAACUAAGACACA